AUGAUAAGUUUACUGGAGGACUACUUAGCUGAUGUGGAUAAUAAAAGCGCCGUGUCAUGCGUCAGGAGUAUUUUAAAAUAUCCCUUAGAUAAAAGUGAAUUGGAUUUUUGCCUUACCGAAGAAGAUGAAAAGCUUUUGUAUGACAAAUAUUUCUACCGGAUUAUUCUUCACGUUUUUGAGAAGGUUAAACAGUCACCAAACUCAGAAAUACUACACUUAGCUGGGUAUAUUACUCAGUAUUCAAAAGCUGAUGUGUGGCUUGAGUGCAUGUGUGCCUUAGUUGGCCAAUUAGAUGCUUCCGGGAAAGACUUAGUUGUCAAAGAGUUGGAGAGAUUUUUCUCAGAGCUUGAUAGAGUUUCUGAUUUUAUUAAUGCCUGCUUACACAACGUUGAUGUCCAUUCGGAAUGUGCUCCUGCUUUCAUGGAAUCCCGUGUUAGGUUAUUGUGCAACAUUCCGGCACUUGUUUCCAACUUGAAACAUGGAGGUUGUUCUUAUUUUACCGACGAUAGUAGUUUUGUUAUAAAAGUCUUGUCUGCUUUUGAACGUGUUGCUGAAAUUUCAGAAAGAAGCUGUCAAUUUAUUGGUCUGGCAGUUAGUUGUCUCUGUAUGACAGGAUAUACUGAACACGUAUCAGAUUUCAUCAUUAAACAGAGUAUUGGAAAUACAAUCCAUCUGUGGUCAAAGUUUCUAAAAUAUGUCAACGCCAAAGCCUUGGAGAUAACAUUAUCACCGUUGGCUAAGAAAUGCCCUACUUCAAGCAUGUAUUAUGCGUUGAUAUCUGAACUUCUAGAGACUUCCACUGGCUUUGAUGCAUAUAUGAGACUAUGUCGUCGUCUCUUCUAUAUUCGCCAAUUUCGAACAGGUAAUACCAUCAGAAACAUUUUCAGCUCCUUUUGUUUGGCGGUGAAAAAACGUGAGUCUCAGGAGAAGUCCAUCCAACUGAUUGAACAAGUCGAUGAAAAUUUAGGCUUACCUGCUCUUAGCGUGUGGUCAGAUGUGAGUUCGAUACAAUCAGCUUCUUUAGAAAGACGUAUAUAUAUAUCUCAGAUUUUUAUUUCGUGGUUCGUUGAUUUCCGGAAUGUGCUGAGUUCUCAGUUUACGAUAAGAGAUGAUGAUUUGUUACCUGAUGUUUUAUCUGGCAUUUCUAACCACCUUGCCAGUCCAAGAAUCGAGAUACGUACUCUUGGUAUGGUUAUAGGAGAGUGGAUCGUAACACUUCUCAAAUGGGAUACAGGAAGUGAAGAUCAAAAGCUAAAAUUUGAUUAUGUGGAACUAGAGUUCCUAAAACAAAUCCGGCCAUAUUUUGUUUCUCUGGAUGAAAAUCAUGGAGUGGAAUCUAACCUACAGGCUACCAUUCCCACUGAGACAAUAUCGGGAAGCGAUUCUCACGAAGAUACUGUCGCUUCACGUGACCACGAGUCGAAUGGCGAAGAUAGCACUGUAAAUCAAACUGUACAUGAAUUGGAUAGUGAUGAUGAUCCAGAUUCAGAUAAUGAUUCUUUGAAACCACUUCCCUCUACUCAAUGUUCAAGUUACAGUGAUAAAACUCCUCAUUAUCUUCGCGAAUGCCUCGAUGGAAUGCUACUAACUAAAGUUGAAGAUAGCAAGAAUUUUCGUUCCCAACAAUGGAAAUCAAUACACCACUUUUGCAAAUACUUGAUAAUUUCAAUAAUUCUGAUACACUUGAAAUAUCUUAUAAUCAAAAAAAUCAUUCAUUCAUCAAGUCCUACAUAUCACCAUCCAGAUUUAGCAGCACCCAAUUCUUCACUACGACCAGUUCAUGCUGAAGUUUGUGUAUCUCCAUAUAAUUGUGAAGAAUUUUCUAUCAUUGAGUCCUGUGUUGUUGAAUUUUUACGUCAUCUUGGUCCAAGACACGUGCCAACUGUUUUGGAAAGUCCUUAUAGUGAUUUGAAUUUUAUGUCAUUGACGGGGAAUAUGAUGAAAGUUCGGGAAAUUCUUACUAACUGUGUGCUUUCCAUUAAUUUAGUGCUUGAUGAAGCUGAUGGACUUCAUGAAAAUGAUGCUGGCCGAUCAAUCAAUCUUUCUGUUGCUGUAAUUGUAAUACAUGUCUAUCAGUUAGUUAGUGGUGAAGAAGCUCUACCAGUUCAAGAAAUUAUUGAAUCCGGUUCAGAGUCUAUCAAUGGUGGAACUACAUGGUUACUUCCUUCAUUGGAAAUGUGUGGCCUUUGGGAGUCACUUGUUUUCGAUUCGGAUGUAAAAUUAAAUCUCUUACAAUAUGCUCAAACUGCUCUGCUGUUCGCCGAUCGAGAGGUGUCAUCAUCUGUGAUUUCGUGGAAUCGAGUUAUUUUUUUAUAUGGUCCUCCAGGAACCGGGAAAACUUCCCUGUGUCGAGCAUUAGCUAAUAAAUUAGCUAUACGAAUGUCUAAUAACUAUUCAUCAGCACAAUUAAUUGAAAUUAAUGCUAUGAAUUUAAUGUCAAAAUGGUUUUCAGAAAGUGCACAUCUUGUUUCAAAAAUGUUUGAUUCUAUUAAAGAAUAUCUACAAUCACCGAAACAUUUAGUAGUUUUAGUAGUAGAUGAAGUUGAAAGUUUAACUGCUACAAGAAGUGCUUCAUCAGCAGGCUGUGAACCAAGUGAUGCUAUACGCGUUGUGAAUUCUGUUUUAACUCAAAUUGACCAGGUUAAACGAUUCCCUAAUAUUUUGAUACUGGCCACAUCCAAUAUAACCAGUCUUAUAGAUCCAGCAUUUUUAGACAGAGCUGAUUUACGCAUUUUUAUUGAUACACCUUCAUCACCAGCUAUCUAUUCAAUUUAUCGUUCUUGUUUACUAGAAUUAAUGAGAGUUGGAUUGAUCAGUUCAACAGAGGACAGUUGUUUAUUAAGUUAUCGAACUUUAUCAUCAGUACAAUUUUCAGAAGAGCAUGCUAAUUCAUUGAGUAUUUCACUAUGGCGUUUAUCUGAACGUAGUUCUGGUUUAAAUGGUCGUACAUUGCGGAAGCUACCAUUAUUAGCUUAUGCAUUCCAUCUGAAUAAAGUAAUGCCUGAUAUGCAAUACAAUUCUAGCCUGCACAAUCGUCGUCAAGUUCACUUACCCCAGAAUAGUCGGCAAGAAUCAUCUAUUUUAAAUAAUAGUUUAUCCUGUUCUAAUGUUAGUACGUCAAGUAUGAUAAUGAAUAAUGGAGCAAAUAAUUCAGCUACACUAUCACCGCCUUUAUUGUCCACAUCAUCAGCGUCGGAUUCUGUUCAAUCGAACAACGUUACACUACAAUGUUUUAUUCGUGCGUUACAAUUAGCUGUAGAUGCACAAUUCAGUGAGAAUCAAUCUCUAGAUUCAGCAUCAUUUGGAAGAGGAGGACGCUUAAAUGGAAAUCAAUAA